AUGAUGCUUCCGCUUUGUCUCACGCUUUUGCCUUCCUUUCAUGCCUCUGAUCCCCCUUCUCCAUCCCCUCCCCUUCCCCAUCCCCUCCCCUUCCCCAUCCCCUCCCCUUCCCCAUCCCCUCCCCUUCCCCAUCCCCUCCCCGCCCCCAUCCCCCCGUCAAUCGCAUCAACGUCGCUGCUCGUUCUCGCUCUCGUGCCCUCCUGCUGCUGCAGCUGUCCCUUCUGCCGCAAGGUCUGUGAGAUGGUGUCAGUGCUGGAACUAGACGUCCGUGAGAUGGUAUCAGUGCUGGAUCUAGACGUCCGUGAGAUGGUGUCAGUGCUGGAUCUAGACGUGCUCUUCUACCCGUGCCCUGUCGAUGGUCCCACAUACCGACCCAAGGCCAUUGAGAUGGGCGGCAAGAGGCAGUUCCCUUACAUGGUGGAUCCCAACACGGGGGUGAGCAUGUACGAGUCGGAUGAAAUCAUCAAGUACCUCGCCAACACGUAUGGCAACGGAUCCAUUCCACUCAUGCUCCAGCUCGGACCCAUCACUUCGACUCAAAAAUCGACUCACUACAUGCUACACUGUCCCUCCCUAUCUCACGCCCUUCCUCACCCCUUUUCUGACCUCCUCUCUCACCCCCUUUCGAAACCCAUCCCUCCUCCACCCAUGUUGCCAGUCCAUUACUGCAGGCCUAGCAGGCAUUGGCCGCAUGAUGAAGCCCUCCAUGCCGUCCCUGCAGCCGUCCCCCUUCGGCAAGCCGUUGGGGGAAGCCCUGUGCGAGCUAGAGCUACCCCACAUCCACCUCACACGCAGCACCUCACCUCCUGGCGCCUUCCCCACUCGCGUGUUUCCCCACUGCUCCACUCCCUGCCAUCCAUGCCGUCGCUGCAGCCGUCCCCGUUCUGCAAGCUGGUGCGGGAAGCCCUGUGCGAGCGAGCUAUAGCUACCCCACAUCCACCUCACACGCAGCACCUCACCUCCUUGCACCUUCCCCUCACACGUGUGCCUUCCCCCCUCCCUGCUCUCUCCCUGCAGCCCUCUCCCUUCUGCAAGCUGGUGCGGGAAGCUCUGUGCGAGUUGGAGCUGCCCCAAAUCUACCUCAAUUGUACUAUCUCACUCACCUCCUUACACCUUCCUCACACAUGUGUGCCUUCCCUCUCUGUCUUCUCUGCCACUCCUGCAGCCCUCUCCCUUCUGCAAGCUGGCAGUCCCAAGAGGGAGGCUCUGAAGAAGAGAAUCGGGCGCUUCCAGGCGCCCUACCUUGAAGACCCUAACACAGGAGUGAAGAUGUUUGAGAGUGCAGCAAUUGUCAAAUACCUAUAUGACACCUAUGCUCUCAGCAGCCCUUAA